AUGCAAAACGGCAGCCCAAACGGCCCAUCACCCCAUGAUGAACGCAUAACGCCUGUGCCUGUUGUUACCCACCUCGAAGCUUCCGGCGUGGAAAAUGAAUCCGAUUCUACCCCCUGCGAAUCGAUCCCUACCCUGCCGAAUGACGAAGCUAGCCAGCAGCUGGAAGAGCCGCCUUCGAAGAAACGUCGCCUAACAGACUCAACACCGUCGCGAAACUCAACACCUCGUCCCCCUUCGCCGCCAUGGAAGAAGGUUGGUGUGGAGGGGCCAACAUCAUUCAUGGUGGAGGGUCGGCGCAGAUCAUCACGGCAAAACGUGGUCCCUAUGGAACAGCAACCAGCAUCUGACAAGCGACAAACGCGAGCAGCGCAACAGACUUAUGUGACAAAGAACACCCGAGGCGGCGCGAAACCAGUCACAUCCUCUCCACUUGCCGUGACACAGUCGCGUGCCCACGGAAAGCUUGGUGGCAAGCCGAUUACGAACGGUUCACCCAGGACAGUGCCUACCAAGGGCGCGACUGGUAAGCAACAGCCGCCUUUACAAUCACCCGCAUCGAAUCCCUCCCAGUCCCGAACUCGCGCUCGAAGCUCCGCUACCACGAAUCAACCUCGCCCUAGUACAAAUGGCGCUAGCCCUCGCGAACCUCGUAACCGUACCUCCCUUUCAACCACAUCGCCUGCGCCGGACCAUUUCCUCGACGAUAGCGUCUAUGAAAACCAUGAUGACUUGGACUCGGGGUCUCAAACGGUUCCACGAAUUCGAAUUAAGGUGAAAAAGCCAAUACUGCCAAUCCGACAUCCCGGCCACGUGUCUGGCAAAAAAUACGAGUCGUUCAGAGAAUGGAUAAAUCACGAGGAUACCCCCAAUUUGCUGUCUUCAGAGGAGGCCAUUGAAGAGGCCCAGAGGAGACAGCAAGUAUUGGAUGCCGCGGAACCUGGUGGGCUCUUAAGCUCGGAGGUCUGCUCUGCAUAUAUCACCGAACAACAGGAGGAACCUGCUUUCCAGUAUUCACACCAGGAUCACUUAGUGGCGCAUGCACUCUAUUUCCAGAAGCUCCUCGAAAAAGAGCACAAACGACAUCGGCAAACGGCCAAACUUUUUGCCCAAUGGUGUGCCGAUGCCUACAGAAAACGCCACAAGAACCCAGAAGAUAUUUUGCGGGAACAGCAAGAGGAAAUGCGUGGAAAGCGCAAACAACUGGGCAAAGAUCUUCAGAAGAUGUUCGACUUGGCACGUGCCGAUAUUGAUCGGUUGCGCCUUGCACGCUGGGAGGAAGAGCGCAAGGUUCUGGAUCAGCAAGCCCUCGAUCGCGCCAUCAGAAAAUCGACCAUGCUUUUUGAGAAACGCAGGUCCGAAAUCCUUGGAGAGGUUCCCAGCGAUGCUCCUGCUUCUAGUGACGAGGAUGAUGGGGAGACAGACUAUUCCUCAGACGCGUUGGGAGCAGAUAACGAUAGCAACAUGUCCACAUCUGAGUCUGAAUCCGAUGAUGAGAAUAAUAUGGAUGAUGAUGCUAAGUUAUCAGCCGAGGAACUUCGAUUGAAAUAUGCCAGUUUGCCGGACGAAGAAACCCCCGACCAGGAAACUCUUAACCAGGAUACCCCCGAUCAGAUGUCCAUGGCGUCUUUCUCUGUCGUUGACAGCGAAGCUAUUCCCGAUGAGACUGAUUCCCUUACGAUCCCCGGCGAUACCCAGCUGGAUGAUGUGGACUCGGUUUUGAUGGACGAUAGUGAUGAAUCAAUUGAUAUGAGCGAGGAGAUGAGCGACAGUGGUGACGAAAGUGGCUUCGGAAACGAAGAGUCUGAUGAUGAAUCCGAUGACAGCGAUGCGAGCGGUACACUUGGAUUCUUCUCGCGCAAACAACGGGCUGGUGAUAAGAACUCUGUGAAUGCGAAUGUGGAUGAUGUUGAUGACGACGAAUCUAAUGACGAGGAGUAUAAAUCCCCAGGAGCAGAAGCUCUGGAGAGUGACGCAGAGGAUCCGGACGAGGUAUCUCUAGUUCCAAACGGAUUAGACCUAGAUGAGGAUGAAGAGAUGCUCGACGAAACGACCCCUUCAGAAGUCGUCGAGGCCCCUUUAGUCACUCCUGCAGACGUCGAAGAUGCUUCUAUGCCUGAUAAUUCCACCAUCAAUACGCCGACGGUCGACACACAUAUGGAGGAGGAUGUCUCCGAAGCGAUACUUCCUGAUCAUAAUGAUCUCAAAGUGUCAGAGGCAGGAGAAUCAGUGGAUGAUCAAGACCAACAUCAGCCCCUUGACACUGAGCCACCACAAGAAAAUCGGCAGGCAUCUAGCGAAUUAUCCCCAGGCACUUUCGCAACUAAGCCUUCCGACCCCGAGUCUGUCUCUUCAUAUGAACCUGCGGUAGAGACAGCAUUGCAAAAUAGUCAUUCACCUGCACCAGGAUUGAAGACACCUAUCCCCCAUUUGCUACGUGGAACCCUGCGUGAGUACCAGCACUAUGGACUGGAUUGGCUCGCUGGCCUUUACAAUAACCGUAUCAACGGUAUCUUGGCUGACGAGAUGGGUCUCGGAAAAACCAUUCAAACCAUCGCUUUACUCGCUCACCUUGCUGUUGACCAUGGCGUCUGGGGUCCGCAUCUUGUGGUUGUGCCUACUAGUGUCAUGCUGAACUGGGAGAUGGAAUUCAAGAAGUGGUGUCCGGGUUUUAAAAUCAUGACCUACUACGGAAAUCAAGAAGAGCGCAAACAGAAACGCAAAGGCUGGACUGACGACAAUUCUUGGAACGUUUUGAUUACAUCAUACCAGCUUAUUUUGCAAGAUCAAAUCUCCUUAAAGCGAAGAGCCUGGCAUUACAUGAUUCUUGAUGAAGCGCAUAACAUCAAGAAUUUCCGUUCGCAAAGAUGGCAAGCUCUUCUCACAUUCAGAACACGAGCCAGGUUGCUAUUGACUGGUACACCGCUUCAGAACAACUUGACUGAGCUAUGGUCUCUUUUGUUCUUCUUGAUGCCCUCCGACGGUGAUGGUGCUGGUGGUGUUGAAGGCUUCGCUGACUUGAAGGACUUCUCUGAGUGGUUCCGACGGCCUGUGGAACAGAUCCUGGAGCACGGGAGAGAAACCAUGGAUGACGAGGCCAAGCAGGUAGUCACCAAGCUGCAUACCGUUCUUCGCCCUUACAUCCUGCGACGUAUGAAGGCAGAUGUCGAGAAACAGAUGCCUGGAAAGUAUGAGCACGUCAUGUAUUGUCGGCUUUCUAAACGCCAGCGGUUCCUAUACGACGGUUUUAUGUCUAUGGCUCAAACUAAGGAAACACUUGCGUCCGGCAAUUUCCUUUCCAUUAUUCAUUGUCUCAUGCAGCUCCGCAAAGUCUGUAAUCACCCCGAUCUCUUCGAGACACGACCUAUCUCCACCUCCUUCGCAAUGCCGCGCUCCGUGGCUACCGACUAUCAGAUGAAGGAGAGCCUAGUCCGACGACGACUUCUCUUCGACCAUCCUCUCACCAAGGUCGAUCUGGACUUCCUCAACUUGGCCCCCGUGUCUCGAGAGGAUAUCUCGAGGCGUCUAGCCGAUGACAGUAUUCGACUAAUGGCGUUUGGUCCAUUUAAGACGCUUCGUGAGCGGCAAUACAAUCGCACCAAUUGGCAAAUGGAGUUCAAUGGGUCCACCAUGGAGAACAUCCUGGAGUCGUUAGAGAAUGCCAGUCGGAAGAGACGAAUGGCUGAAUUGGAGCGAUGUUUGUACUUUGAAUCCAAGCGUCACGGCCGUCGGCCUGUGUACGGUAGCAGCCUGGUUGAAUUCUUGAGAGCCGGGACCAAGGAACAUGCGCUCUCCAACGCACCUUUGCGAAAAAGUAAUAUGGCAGAGUGGCUUUCAAGUCGGUCAUCCGUCCUUGCUUCCAUGAUUCUGACUCUUGAUGAGCGCGCUCUUGACAUGGACGGAUAUGUCCAGCGCUUCGCGUGUGUCACACCAGCUGCUGUUGCGUCGGGUAUGACGGAGGCUGCCUUGACACCUGUCGAGACUCGGCUUUUGACCAACACUGCCAAAGAGCAGCCGUACGACCCCUUCCACGAAGCUCGCAUGCGUCUCUCAAUUGCGUUCCCGGACAGAAGAUUGCUACAGUACGAUUGUGGCAAGCUACAACGGUUGGAUAAGUUGCUACGUGACUUGAAAGCUGGUGGUCAUCGCGCCUUGAUCUUCACACAGAUGACUAAGAUGUUGGAUAUUCUGGAGCAGUUCCUCAACAUUCAUGGACACCGAUAUCUACGAUUAGAUGGUACUACCAAGGUUGAAUCACGACAGAUGUUGACCGAGCGGUUCAACAGUGACCCUCGCAUCUUGGCAUUCAUUCUCUCUAGUCGUUCCGGUGGUCUUGGAAUCAACCUGACAGGUGCCGAUACUGUGAUCUUCUACGACCUAGACUGGAACCCGGCCAUGGACAAGCAAUGUCAAGAUCGUUGCCAUCGAAUCGGCCAGACCCGAGAUGUCCACAUCUAUCGCUUUGUGUCCGAAUAUACCAUUGAGUCCAACAUUCUCCGCAAGGCCAACCAAAAACGGAUGCUCGAUGAUGUGAUUAUCCAGGAGGGCGAGUUCACCACGGACUACUUCACCAAACUUCAGGAUGUGCCUGUGGAAGAGACGGAUGAGCGUGACGGGCACGACGAAGCUAGCGCGGCUAUGGAUAGGGUCCUGGGCAACCGCGUUGCAAGUGGGAAUCGUGCCUUUGAGCAAGCCGAAGACAAGGAGGACAUCGAUGCGGCAAAGAAUGCACAGAAAGAACUGGAGCAUGCAGACGAUGGCGACUUUGAAGAGCGCAGUCCUUCGCACGGAACCCCCGCUCAGCCCGGCACCCCGCUACCCGGGUCCGGCGACGGGCAAGGGUCAGCUGCGCCCGAGGAUGCAGAUGCAGGGGUACGGGCAGGUCCGGAACCUAGCCAUAUCGAUGACUACCUGCUUCGUUUCAUGGAAUGGAAUAUGCGUGAUGAGCCCCUCGUUCUCCCGGUAGACAAGAGCAAGAAAAGGUCCAAGAAGGGCAAGGAGCAUCACCUCAAACGCCGCCGCUGA